AUGAAGUUCUCAUCAAUCGCUAUUAUCGCUGCUGUUGUUUCUGUUGCAUCUGCUGCUUCACGUGUCAUUGAAGCAACUGACAAAACAUUUGAUGAUAUCGUCUACAAAUCUGGAAAAGAUUCAUUAGUGGAUUUUUAUGCUUCUUGGUGUGGACAUUGUAAGAAAUUAGCUCCAAUUUAUGAUGAAUUAGCUGAUGUUUAUAAAAACACUAAAGAUGUUCAAAUCGUCAAGAUUGAAUGUGAUCAAAACAGUGCAACUUGUAAACAAUUUGGUAUAAAGGGGUUCCCAACUUUGAAAUUUUUCAAAAAUGGUCAAGAUGAACCAAUUGAUUAUAAUGAUGGAAGAGAUGUUGAAUCUUUUACAAAGUUCAUUGGUAAAAAUUCUGAUGCCUAUGUUUAUAUUCCAAAAGUCAAAUCAAACAUCGUUCAAGUUUCUGAUUUAGAUUUUGACAAGACUUUAAUUGAAAGUGGUAAGAAUGUUUUCGUUGUUUUCACUGCUGAUUGGUGUGGUCAUUGUAAAAGUUUACAUCCAACCUGGGAACAAUUAGCUGAAUUAUACAAAGAUGAAGAUAAUGUCAUCAUUGCUGAAGUUUCUACAUCUGAUGCACCAAGUGACGAAAUUACUAAAAGAUAUGGUAUUACAGGUUUCCCAACAAUUUUAACAUUUGAAGCAAAUUCUAAGAAUCACAUCCCAUUUGCUUCUUCAAGAAGUUUGGAAGGUUUAGUCAGCUGGGUCAAUCAAUAUUCUGGCUUACAUAGAUCAACUGAUGGUGGUCUUUUACCAUCAGCUGGUAGAAAAUCAGAUGUUGAUUCCAAAAUUUCAGAAUUAUUUAAAGCUGCUCCUCAACAAGCAAAUGAAUUAGCUACUAACAUUUUGAGUGGAUUAAGUCACUCAACUGAUAGAUCAGCUGAAUAUUAUAAAAAAUUAUUAAAUAAGGUCAUCAAUGGUGAAGAAGCUUUCUUCAAUAAAGAAUAUAAAAGAAUUUCCAAAAUUUUGGAAUCUACAAAAUCUUUACCAAAAGAAAAAUCAGAUUAUUUACAAGAAAGAUUAAAUAUCUUGAAAGUUUUCAAUAAAUAA